CUCGGCCCAAACAAACAACAGCUGAGGGGCGUGAGGAGGGCGGCUGCUACUGGAGUGUCACUUUCGCUGUAUGGGACGCUUUCAGUGAAGAUGGAGUUUGCUGAGCUGAUCCGCAUCUCUCGAUGUGACCGUGUGAUGCUCCACCGGCCCCACCACCGGGUGCUGGAUGGCACACUCUGCAUCACAGGGCACCACCUCAUUGUGUCUGCUCAUGGGGAGGAGCCAGAAGAACUCUGGCUGCUGCACAGCAACAUUGAUGCCAUCGAGAGAAGACAGCAGGGCAUGACGGGGGGAACACUGUGGCUCAAGUGUAAGGACCUGCGCAUCCUCCAGCUGGACAUCAUUGGUGCUGACCAAUUUGCCAAAGUUGCUGACACGUUAGAGGAUCUCAUUCGUGUGGAGGAUCCAACAUUCCAGUAUCCCUUUUUCUACCGUGCCAUGUACAAUGUCCUGGAGGACGGCUGGACCACCUUCCUGCCAGAGUCUGAGUUUUCCCGUGUCAUCCAGCCAGGUGAUGACUGGAGGAUAUCUUAUGUUAACAAGGAUUACAAGGUUUGUUCAUCAUAUCCAGCUGCUGUUGUGGUGCCAAAGAACGUAGAAGACAGUGAUCUUGUAGCUAUUGCCAACUUCCGCCAAGGAGGUCGCUUUCCCGUCCUGGCUUACCGUCAUGAAGGAUUGGCUGUUCUUCUGAGAAGUGGUCAGCCUCUCAUCACUGCCAAUGGAAAGCGAUGCAAGGAGGAUGAGCGUUUACUGAACAGUGUGCUCGCUCGAGAAAAGCGAGGCUACAUCAUCGACACUCGCACUCAAAAUCUGGCACAGUCUGCAAAGAAUCUUGCGCAGUCAGCAAAAGUUCAGCUGCGUGGUGGAGGCUACGAGCCAGAGCUACACUAUCCCAACUGGCGCCGCGUCCACAAACCCAUAGACCGCCACCACAUGCUGCUUGACUCUCUCACCAAACUCAUGGAUGGUGUGAAUGAUACAAACUCUGGAACCGACAAGUGGCUGAGUCGUCUUGAGAGCAGCAACUGGAUGAACAACAUCAAGGAGACCCUGAACUGUGCCUGUCUGGUGGCUCAGUGCUUGGACCAGGAUGGAGCCUCAGUUCUGGUCCAUGACACAGAUGGGUUGGACUCAGCACUGCAGGUCACCUCACUAGCCCAGAUCAUCCUUAACCCAGACUGUCGGACUGUCAGAGGAUUCGAGGCACUUAUUGAGCGAGAAUGGAUCCAAGGUGGGCAUCCAUUUGCCACCCGUCAUGCCCGCUCCUGCUACACACCCAGUGCCCAGCGCUCCAAGAUCAAUGCUCCAACCUUCCUUCUCUUCCUGGAUUGUGUCUACCAGAUUCACUCUCAGUUCAGCUGCAGCUUUGAAUUUGCUGAAAACUUCCUUGUGAUGUUAUUUGAACAUUCAUACUCAUCACAGUUUGGCACAUUUUUAGGGAACAAUGAAGGAGAGAGAAAAGCCAUGAAAGCCCCAGAGAGGACGGCCAGCCUAUGGUCAUACAUCAACCGACAUGAGGUGCUUCCAAAGUACCUCAACCCCAUGUAUGAGCCAAACCAGCGUGUGAUAUGGCCUUCUGUGGCUCCAAUGAGUCUGCAACUGUGGGCUGGAGUGUACCUGAGAUGGGUGGUUGAUCAGGGGCCCCAGGAGGCUGCCUGGCUGGUGGUGAAGGAGCUACGGGAGCGAGAUUCCGCUCUCCGCUCCAAGGUCUCGCGGCUGAGGCGGCAGCUGCAGGACCUGGAGAGGGAGGCCCUGGAGGUGGGCAUAUUGUCACCCACAAUGGAGCUAGAGGUGGCCUAGGGGGGGAGGGGGGAGUUAGGCUUGUAGGUUGUUAUUUAUGAAAGCUUGAUACCAUGUGUGUGUGUAUAUAUAAUAUGUAUGUAUUGUUAAUCAGAUAUCACUCUACAUUUUUUGUACUUUACUUAUGUGAAACACUUUUCUUUUCCUUACCUUUUCAUUUCAAAGUUGUUAAUACUUUUAGUUCUUGUAAUAGACUAGUCAUCACAUUACACCUUCAUUGAGAAACAAUUGCUGAAGAAAUGUAAAUAGUCUUGAAAAUUGUUAAAUUAUUUCAUACAUUCUUUCUGUAUUUCAGUUUAGUUACUUUUAAUAUGAAAUAUAUUGAACUGACUACUUAUAUAAUCUUAUAAUCAAAGGUUACGUAUUUACAUCACGUUAUUUGUACAUACAGGGUGUAACAUGAGUUUCUGUGAAUAUUGCCAGAAGUGAGAGUGCAGGUUAUUUUAAGUCAAAAAUGUUAUACAUGUAUUUAUAUAGGUGUUUUGAGGUGUUGUUUAGCUGUGGUAUGAAAUUCAAGUGAAGCCUGGCAACAGUUACAGUGGCUGGUCAGGGUGGGUAACCAUGACAGAGAAACACCACUUCCACACACUCCACGUUACUUUAAGUUAUGCAGUACAAUCUGAAUGUAUUCAUUGUCACUGUCUCUGAAAGAAACUGUGCAAUGUGACUAACAUUCAGUUGAUUUGUUGCUAGCCUUGCUGCUUCCCAUUCCCUACCUGGGCAGACAUGGUUCCAUGCAACCUAUUAUUUUAUUUGUCAUUUAUUACAUCCAUACUAUCAUUAUGUAAUACACACCAGUAAUCGAUAUCGGUUCAUUGUUGUCACUCGUCUUAUCGUGGGGAUACUGUAAAGCUCCAAAACUUGUAGAAAUCAUGACUGAAUUAUUUACAGUUUCAGAUCCCCUCAUACGAGUAGAUAUCUGCCUGGCCUGGCUGUUGUAUCUAUAGUCAGGCUAUACUUGAAUUUCAUGCCUUGGCUAAACAACACCUCAAAAUGCAUAUGUGCACAGAACAUUUUCCACUUAGAAUAAUCCGUACUUUAAUCUAUGGCAAUAUCCAUGGAAACUCGUGUUAUAUCUUGUACAAUUUCAUGAUAAAAUUCUGUCUGAACUUGGGUCUGUCUUGCAAGGAGUAGUGGGAACUAAUUAUGCAUUCCAAAUCAGGGACAAAAAAUUCUGUGUCUUAGCCUGAGAAAUAUUAUGUCUUUUGAUUUUCACCCAUUUGAUCUUCAUUCUAAAAAUGCAAUGAUAUUUGAAUAUAUGUACUUCUAUUUUCUGCAACAGUAUACUGGACAUCUUGAUGCAAGCAUGGCAGCAUGAGAGCAUAGUAAUAGUGGAAUAGGUAAACAGCUCAUCGUAAACUCUGAAGUGAGACAUGUUGUAAUGUAUCAUAAUUUAUAUCAUACCUUUGGAGAGCUUUUAGUAUUGGAAGUAUGAUGAUUUAGACAUUAGAAAAGGUAAACACACACACACACACACACACACACACACACACACACACACACACACACACACACUGUGUAGUGUAAUGGUUAGCAUGCUCUGCUCACAACCAAGAAGGCCUGGGUUUGAAUCCCGGGUGCAGCGAGGCAAAUGGGCGAGCUUCUUAAUGUGCAGCUCCUGUUCACCUAGCAACAAGUAGGUACAGGAUGUAACCUGAGUGGUUGUGACCUCACUGUCUUGGUGUGUGGUGUGUCAGUGGUUUUGGUCCUACCUGAAGAUAGGUCACUAUGAACUCUGAGCUCUUUCCGUAGGGGAACCGCUGGCUGGGUGACCAGCAGUCGACCAUAGGUGAAUCACACACACACACACACACACACACACACACACACACACACAUUCAAUUCAAUUCAAUUGUUUAUUGACCACAAAAUCAUAAUAGUACAUAUAACUCAUUAAAACAAUCUUUAUAACAACCAUGGCAAAAAUAUAUAAGACUUAGAAAACAUGCAACUUAUUUGUAAUCCAACAAAUAAUAUCUUAUCAUUAUAAAAGUAGUAUAGCUCCUGCCCUUAAAACAAAAACAUAUCCUUAAUUUGCAAUUAUAUAAGCACAUUAAUAUUAAAAUUCAAACAAAAGUGCAUUUUUCAAUAAAACACACACACACACACACACACACUAUAUUGUAAUCUUAAUAGAACUUUUAAAAACAUCAACAGCUCUUCAUACAUGUAUACAAAUAUUAUAUGUAGUAUCAUACAAAUUAUUGUUGUUAAUGAUUUCCAAUGCAGUUCAUGCUGUUGUACCUUUAUAUGUAGGUAAAUGCCACUCACCACUAUGACAGAAUAGUGAAGCCAUCUUUCACCCUCUCAUGCUUGUUUACAUUUCAUGACUGUGGAACUAUGUGGCCAGCUGUGCUAUUCCUAUGCUCUUGGGAUAUAGUAGGGGGAUUCAUGAGGCUAUCCCUUUCCACCAGGGGCCAAUGGGAUAAAGAGUGUGAAUGAUGUGUGUGAGUGUGUGGUGCUUGGUGCUUGUCUGAUCCAUCCCUUAUGGGAUUGUCAGCCUGGUAGACAGACCUUAAAUGUAUCUCAUAAGCACAGGUAAAGGCAUAGUUUAGUUCUAUUAGCCAUGAUUCCACUCCACAUAGCAUAUAACUGUUGGGAAGAGUUUAGGACACACUGGCAUUGAUGUGUUAUAACUACUUAAUGGCCUAAUAAUUAAUUGGUGUGUAGUAUAGUUUGGUGUUUAGAUGUUAUAUUGUUGUAGUAAAACACCCAAAGCAGCCUCCCCAGAGGGUUGUGGGUUUCCCUCAUGUGUUGUGAUUUCAGUAGCAAACUUUAGCAGUGUUCCAUCAUACUCACUGAUUGAAAGAUUGAAUGCAGGUAACAAUCAGUUUGGAGUGACUGAAAGCUUUAUCUUUUGUACCUUUCACUUUUAGCACAUGUCCUGUGAAAUGCAUGAGCACUCUCUGGUAUGCAGUUUUUGUCACUGGAUCAGUCUGUGUUUAGCACAUAACUGGUUUUAAAUGUGAAAAUGUCAUCUGUUUUCUCAUCUACACCUGUGAAUUACAAUUAGGAAAUAUUUUCCUUGGCCUAUCAUUGACAAAUAUAUUGGUUAAAAGAAUGAUCAAACAUAACUUCUUUACUGAACAUGUGAAUUGGAUGUCAACAUCAUUCCAGUAUACUGAUUAUUGAUUUCCUCAUGCCAGAAUAACAGGGUUUGGAUUGCGAAGAUCAUAAGAUAUAGCACAUCCAUGUAUUUCUGUCCAAAUUUGAGUGUAUUGGUUUUAAUAUUGUGUGAUUCUUGCAAGAUGAAGGAUCUGGUAAUAUGUAUAUGCAACCCAAGCAGGGCACACAGCAGUGGUCAGAUGCCUUAGCUCUGAGUCUGCAUGUAUCAUUGAAAACCCCCAAUAUCAAUGUAGCUUUCAUCUAUUUAAUAGGCAAAAUGGAUAUUUCAAGCCCUUGACUUUUCAUGAUGUGAACCACCUUGUCAUUGUCUUAACCACCAUUUUAAAAUUAUUAAAAUAAAACUAUAUAUUGAAACCAAAGGGUAAUUGGAACAUGAAGCAACAUAGUGAGGCUGUGAGCGGCACACGUGGCUGGUGUGGCCGGCCAUGAAUUCCUGAAGGACCCCUAGUGAUUUGAUCUAACAAAACACUUGCUUGAGAAAUACUUGCCUUAUAAAUGCUAAGAUUUAAAAAUUUAUUUAAGUCAGAAUGUGAUAUUUUUAUACUUAAAAGCCAACCUGCUCUUGCUAGUUACUCAUGAGCUUAUUACUUACUAUACAUUUAUGCCACAAAUCCCCAUAGUACUCAGCAGAACAUCUGGUGCAUUACAGAUUCAUAUAUGUUAGCAAGGGUUCAGUUGUACAAAGAAGUAGCUGGCAUACAAUAGUGAAGUGUGAUUGAAGUUGUACACAUCUUGAAUGGACUUUUGAGAACAGUAUGUAUAUUAUAGAUUGUUGUCAGUGUUUGUAAAUUGAGAGUUUUAACUGUUAAAGGGAUUAAAGUAACUUCUAAGAUCUGAAUCUCUCUCUCUCUCUCUCUCUCUCUCUCUCUCUCUCUCUCUCUCUCUCUCUCUCUCUCUCUCUCUCUCUCUCUCUCUCUCUCUCUCUCUCUCUCUCUCUCUCUCUCUCUCUCUCUCUCUCUCUCUCUCUCUCUCUCUCUCUAAGAUAUUUAGUUCUAGUCAUUGAAUCACCAAUAAUCCAUGCAAGCAGUGUGUUUUUCAUAUUACCCUGUUUUAUCAUCCAGAAUGCCGACUUAUAUGCACAUAAGUAAAUGCUGAAUAGUUGCAUACAUAUGAAUGCUUCAGAAAAUUAUUUAAGUUGUUUGUAACUGAAGUAGUAUUGUAAACUUGAAAAGUUUCCAUUUUUUAUAAUAAUUCACUAUGGAGGCUAAACACAUUAAUCUGUAGAUACUCUUACUUCUGUGCUAGAUUAUAAUCUCACUGAAACUAUAUAAACAUGACACUGUUGUAAAUGUUUGAAAAUAUUGUUGUGAAUGUGUUUGUAUAUGAUUCUGGUUACAUUGAGGUUUUUUUCUUAUUACUAAUUUGUUCAUUAUAAAUACAUCAGUUCUGUCUAUUUGUUGGAAUUUUCAUAUUAUAAUUUUUUGACAUGAUUAUUUGCAAUAAAAAUUCUGCAUGAUACAGAAUAUUAUGAGGUGCACUCUCCAGCAUUCCAUAUAUAACAAACAUUAAAUAUGUGCACCUAC